UUAGGGUUUAUUGCUUUGGCGAUGGCGUUUUCCUCUCUGCGCUCUUCUUUGCUGCGCGCGCUUGGCGCCACGAAAUGCAGCAGUGAAUCGGCGAGAUUGGGGCGUGUAAUGUGUCGUGGCUGCUCCGACGAGGCCUCGGCCUCGGACAUCGAGGAAUCGGUAGCCAAGGACGGUGAUCAAUCGGGGCGGAAGCUCCGUGCGCCUGCAUUCCAGGGAGUGUACAAGGCUGUGAUCGUGGGAGAACUUACGCAGCCACCAGCCGAGCUCGUUCUCAAGAAUGGAAACGCGAUCGUCACGCUGAUGGUCGCGACUGGAGGGCUGCGCGUGCAAAAGAAGUUGAAUGCUCCAACGAAGCAAAUCCACAAGGUGGUCGUUUACCAUCGGCGGCUCAAGGAUCUGGCGACGCAGAUAAAAAAGGGGCAGCAGAUCUAUCUAGAAGGCAACAUGGAGUCGAGGGUCUUCAAUGAUCCUGUUACUGGCGCCGUCAAGCUAUCGCGAGAGAUCUCCGUGAGACAAAAUGGACGUUUGUUUAUGCUGGACGAUCUGGAAUUGAGGGGGGUCAAUCUCAAAGCUCCUAAAGUGGAGGAAGGAAAUCGAUGAAAACAAACGAAAAGGUAGUGUUUUUUUGUAACAUAAAAACCUUUCUCAAAAUGACUGUAAAUCUUUUAGCUAGGGUUUUUUAGCCAAGUAAAAUUUGUUAAAAUG